AUGCGAAAAUUGAUCAUUUUCUUCACGCUCUUAUCGAUUUCUCUAUCGGAUAAAUUGAGUGCGUCGCUGGACGAAAAACGAGCCGAAAUAUGCGGAAGACGUCGGUUUUUUUUCGGAUAAACUUUCACAAAUUUCCUCUAUUUUCAGCGCUCAAACCCCACAAAGCACCAUGGGCGGUGCGCGUCAUCGAUAAUGUGAAUGUGUAUUAUUCGGCGAUUCUGAUUUCACAACGACACGUGAUAACGGUCCCUUACCAAGUUAUGCAUUCCAAGAACGGCACUCAGAACAAAAUAUGGAUAUGGUCGGAUGGGAAGGAAGUGAACUUUGAGAAAUGCAAAGACAAGUAAGAUUUGAUGCCACUUUUUUUCCUAAAUGUUCUGCACGUCUUCAAAGUGAUACACAGACAAUUUCAGUGUGAUGGAACUGCCGAAAGCGAUGCUUAAAAGACUAGUGGGAUCGCUGAGCACGUGCAAAGACCCGGACGUGUGCGGCACCUCAAUCGAGCGCAAGAUCCGUGCGGGGUGGUACAUUGGAAGUUGCGAGCCGGGCCUGCAUCCGUUCGGAUUCCUCCUCCUCGAGAUGACGUCGAACGUGGCCGACGACCCGUACUUUGUGCCCGCCUGUCUGCCGGCCGACAAGACGGUCCCAUCGGAAAGCGGAACCGCCGAACUGCACGCGACCGCCGACCCGACCGAUGGUCACAAACCGGCACUCAUAAAGGCCGUGCCGGUCAAACUGAUCAAGUGUCCCCACUGGAAGUUUGACAGUCAAAUCUGUGCGAACGUCACCGUCUGCAACGGAGACCCGGGUGGUGGUAUCGUCAAGAAAAUCGACGGAGCGGAUACAGUGAUCGGCAUUCUGCUCGAUCAUCCGGGAGAAUGUAAAGCCGACACCGCAGGCAUCGUCUCCAUGGCAUACUUUAAGGAUAAACUGUGCGAACUCGCCGGCAUUUGCAAAGCGUGAGUGGGCGGAGCUGAUUGGGGAGAUGAUUCUUUCGAGGGUUUCAGGAAGAUUAACGUAGAAUCGAAUGGCGGAGGGAGCACGAUCAAAGUGCCAUUAAUCUCUGUGAUUGCUCUCAUGAUGAUGUUCUGA